AUGAAAUUUGUGCUAAUCUCGUUUAUAUAUUUUAUAUCUUUAAACUAUGUGUCAUCGCAAUAUGACAUUUACUCACAGCUUUUUAGGCCAUACAACAGCUACAGAUACGCACAAACUCAGCCUAUGUUUAGAUAUGCGCAACCCACAGCAGUCCGCUAUCUGCAACCCACAGCAGUCCGCUAUCUGCAACCCACAGAAGUCCGCUAUCCGCAAUCCACAGUAUCUCGUUAUAGUAGAUAUAGGAGUUUCACACCGGAAAACAGGAGUUUAGUCAUUACGAAAAAGGCAGCUGAUGUCGAUCUGCAAAGUCAUCUCGAUAAUUUACUGUCAAGAAUGAAAUCGACGAUGAUGGAAAUGAAUAUCAAACAAGAGCAGUCAGCUACCGACCAGUCAUCAAAGACAAUGGACAAUCCAAAUGACAGUAUCUACAAAGGAAAGCUUACGAGAAAAACAUCGGCAUCAAAUAGAUCGGCAUCAGUAUAA